CCCGAGCUCACUCCGGGCACACUCCCAGCCAGCCUCCAGACAUUGGUCUUUAGAAACUUCAAUUAUCAAGGGCGCAUUCAAUCAAGGACACUCCCGUCCUCACUCACUUCAUUGACAUUCUCCUCUGGUUGGUUCGACUUGCCUCUUGCCCAAGCAUACCUAUCACCGAUCAAAUCACUCAAGACAUUAACACUUGGCCUGAAUUACAAUCAACCUCUGAACGAAGGUGAUAUCCCGCCUACUGUGGAGAGAUUGAUGUUUGGCUCAAAGUUCAACCAAUUGAUUACUCCUGGAUCAAUGCCAAACUCUAUUACAGAGUUGAACAUGGGAAACUCUUACAAUCAACGAAUCUCAGUUGGUUCACUUCCAUCAUUUCUCAAAUCAUUGACCUUUGGUUAUGCGUUCAAUCAAGUGCUCGAGCCUGGUACUCUUCCCCCAUCACUCACGACAUUGACUCUUGGUUAUACGUUCAAUCAAGUUAUCCCACCAGGUACCCUCCCUCUAUCACUCACGACAUUGACUUUUGGUAAUAUGUUCAAUCAAGUUAUCGCACCAGGUACCCUCCCCCUAUCACUCACCACAUUGACUCUUGGUGAGAGGUUCAAUCAAGUGAUCGUGCCUGGAAUGUUUCCAGAGUCAUUGCACACAUUGAUCAGCAAAGCAAGCAAUCAUAUAUACCAAACCAAUCCAGAUGCAGACACAGUAUAUCCCAAGUCAUUCACUUCGAUGACGCUAAGUUGUCAAAUCAGUCCCGGAUCUUUGCCGUCAUCCCUCUCUUCACUGGUCUUCUUGUCGCAGCCCUACUUGAUUCCUGGUUCAUUACCCCAGUCACUGGUGAGCCUAGAGUUUCCCAAAGGAUACAAUGAGAUAUUGGACUCAGAUGUGCUUCCUCAAUCACUAAGACGCUUGAAGAUUGGCAUGUUCUACAAAAAGAAUAGUGGCAAAACAAAGCUCACAGGGACACUCUCACAUCUAACUUUGGAUUCAUUCAAGCGUAUAGAUAAGCUGGACAAAUUCCUUGGCCAAGAAGAUAGACGCACACACCUCGUGAUCAAGGACAUUGUUGACCAGCGCAAAGUCACCAAGGAGAGAGCCGAUGUACCCCUAAAGUCACUCUCAAUCUGGUGCGCAGUACAUUGUUCAAACAAACGUCGCAUUCCCAAUCAGGAGGCAUUUCUUGUUCAAACAAUUGUAUCAAACAUCCCCAAUGUGCAGCUAUACAGGAUUGGACUGAAUCAUGGUAGGAAG